AUGGCGACAGUUGCAUCCACCAAAGGAGUGAGGACAAGGUAUAGGAAUACUUUGGACAAGGAACUUAGAGUCGCAAAGGAUUUACUGAAACAAGACGUGAGUAGAUUUGAAUUAUCUGACAUGCUUAAACAGAUUCAAAAAUCAAAAUGUUUGUUGAAAACAUAUUCCGAAAAGUUAAUGCUCCAAGUUGACAAGCUGUCUCAGAUAUUAGAUGAAGAUGAAGCAGAUUUUCUAGAAAAGGCUUUAGAUGAAGAUUGCCAAUUAAAUUUCUUAGUUGAAGAUUGUUUAAUAGAGCUGGACCAGUUUAAUGAAAGCCUGUGUCCUAGUGAUGUUCGAGCUGCCUCUCAAGAUGAACCUUCAAAUGCAACAAGGCUUGUAGAUAUUCAAGAAUCAAUGAAAGAUCUGAUGCGUACACAAAUAGACCAACAACUGGAACUUUUAAAGAAUUUAGACCGUAAAGGGAAAGUGAACCCAAACUCAGUGAAACUUCCAAUAAUAGAAUUAUACAUGUUUUAUGGAAACAAGUUACAGUGGCGUGAGUUUUGGGAUGUCUUUGAAUGCACCGUGCAUAAGAAUUCUAAUUUAUCCAACGUGGAGAAAUUCAGCUAUCUUCAAACCAAACUUGGAGGUGAAGCAAAACGUGCCGUUGCUGGAUUGGCAAGGUCAAACGAAAACUAUGAGAUUGCAUUGAGACUCCUUCAUGAGAGAUACGGAAAUCAACAAGAAAUUGUAGAUUUACAUUACAAAGUUCUGAUGAACGUACAUUCUCCUUUGAAUAAGGUGGAGAGCCUUAGAAGUUUCAUAGACACCACAGAAAAACACCUCAGAAGCUUAGAGGUACUUGGAGAAAAUGUCAAUCAACACGUGUUUGUGUCUAUGAUUCGAACCAAGUUGCCGGAGGAAGUACUACGUCAACUCAAGUUCAACAAAGAAGCAAAGGCUGAAUGGACACUAACGAAGUUGAGAGAACAGUUGAAAAACUAUGUUGUUGCUUGUGAAAGAGCAGAUAAGAAAAAAGUAGAGUAUCAAAGUGUUACAAAAGUGAACCCUCUAAGCCAUGUGAAUGGAUUUAAACCACCUUACCGUUAUCCUCCUACUACUGGUGGGAAUCGAUAUUCUAACACAGUAAUGAAACAAAGUUCAGCUAAGUCAUUGUUUGCUAGUGAAAAAGCACAAAGAGUGAAAUCUGAAAAUAAACCAUAUGUGUGUAAAUAUUGUUCAAGGUCACAUUGGAGCGACGAGUGCACAGAAUAUAGAACAGUAGACGAGAGAAAGAGAAAAAUCAAAGGUUGUUGCUUCAAAUGUUUGAAAUCUGGACAUAUGGCCAAUGAGUGUAAAACAAGUAAAGCGUGCGUGUACUGUGGUGAAUUCAAUCAACAUCAUAGAAGCCUAUGCCUCAAGAAGUUCUCUACAAAAGGUGCUUCAACAAAAACCAACGUCAAUCUUACUGAAGAGGUAGGAGCUUGUGUAGAGGACAUGACAAAUUCUGGAGAGAAUGUUAUGGUUUCUGUCGGAGAAACAGUGUUCAUGCAAACUGCAACAACAGAAGUGAAAAAAGAUCUUACAAACACAGAUUAUGUCAAAACAAGAAUUCUUCUAGACUGUGGCUCUCAACGAACUUACAUAACCAAGUCUUUAGCAGAUAAGCUCGGUUUAAAGCCAAAGAAAACUGAAGAAUUAAAAGUUGUUACAUUUGGUAGCACUCAUUCAAAGAACAUCAAAACAGAGUUGACUACAUUGUAUUUGAAGUUGAAGAAUGGACAGUACAUUGAAAUCAAAGCAAACAUUGUCCCAGUGAUCAGUGGUAACAUUCAAAGGAAAAUACUUAACAUUAAAGCCAUGAGUGACUUAGAUCACUUAGUGAACAGUGUGGAACUGGCAGAUACUAUUCCGAGGAAUUGUGAAAUGGCAAAUGUGGAACUUCUUCUGGGUAAUGACUAUUACCUGGAUAUUGUACUUUCUCAGAAGUUGGAAGUGACACCAGGACUGUAUUUGUUAAGUUCAAAACUUGGUUGGAUCCUAGCUGGACGUACCACCUCUGAAGAAACAGACGACAGUGUACCAAAUAUGUUAAUUCUAACACAUGGAUCUACGUUCACAAAAACCAAUGUGUUUCAAUGUGUCGAUAGUGUUCUUGAAAGUAAACCUGAAUUGGAGGAUUUCUGGAGUAUUGAAGCCAUUGGUGUAAAGGACAAGCCAGAUUAUUCAGAUGAUGAUACGGCCAUGCAAAUGUUUAAGAAAAACAUCAAAUUCCAGGAUGGACGCUAUCAGGUCACUUGGCCAUGGAAAAAUGAAAUUCAAGAACUCCCGAAGAACCGAGAGCUAGCAUAUGGUCGACUGAAAUCAUGUGUGAAGAAACUGAAAGGAAAACCAGACUUUUUACAGAAGUAUAACUCUGUCAUCCAAGAUGAAUUUCAGAAAGGCAUUAUCGAGAAAGUUGAGGAAGCCGAAUCAGAUGGUCUUCAGCACUACUUACCCCAUCAUGCUGUUGUCAACCUACACAGAACUAGUACAAAGGUUGGAGUCGUUUUUGAUGCUUCGGCAAAACUUACCAAAGACAGCAACAGCCUCAACGAUUGUUUAUACAGAGGACCUGUUCUACUUCAUGAUUUGUGUGGACUUUUGAUGAGAUUUCGUCUACACAAAGUCGCAAUGGUAUCUGACAUUGAAAAGGCAUUUUUACAAGUGGGAUUGCAGACUAGCCAAAGAGAUGUUACCCGAUUCUUUUGGAUAAAAGAUGUUCAAAAACCAGAAGUCACAUCUGAGAAUCUACAAGUAUUUCGUUUCUGCAGAGUACCGUUUGGUGUGAUAUCGAGUCCUUUCUUGUUAGGUGCUACUGUGGAAAAUCAUCUGGAUUCAUAUGAGUCAGACGUGUCAUAG